AUGCUGCUGCUGCUGCUGCUGACGGUGGUGAUGACGAUGGCCGUGAUGGCCUUGCUGUUGGUGCUGAUGAAAGUGAUCACGAUAGUGGAGUGGAAUGUCACGUGGAACACCAGCAGCCCCGACUUCACCAAGUGCUUUCAGAACACCGUCCUCGUGUGGGUGCCUUGCUCUUACCUUUGGGCCUGCUUCCCCUUCUACGUCCUCUAUCUCUCCCGCCAUGACUGGGGCUACAUUCAGAUGACACAUCUCAACAAAGCCAAAACUGCCUUGGGAUUUUUGCUAUGGAUUGUCUGCUGGGCAGACCUCUUCUACUCUUUCUGGGAAAGAAGUUUGGGCAAGCUCCUGGCCCCAGUGUUUCUGGUCAGCCCAACCCUCUUGGGCAUCACCAUGCUGCUUGCUACCUUUUUAAUUCAGAUCGAGAGAAGGAGGGGAGUUCAGUCCUCAGGGAUCAUGCUCACUUUCUGGCUUAUAGCCCUACUGUGUGCCCUGGCCAUCCUGAGAUCCAAAAUCAUGACUGCCUUAAAAGAGGAUGCCCAAGUCGACGUCUUUCGCGAUGUCACUUUCUACAUUUACUUUUCCCUCGUGCUGAUCCAGCUUGUGUUGUCCUGCUUCUCAGACCGCUCACCCCUGUUCUCCGAAACCAUCCACGAUCCCAAUCCUUGCCCAGAAUCCAGCGCCUCCUUCCUUUCCAGGAUCACCUUCUGGUGGAUCACAGGGAUGAUGGUCCAGGGCUACCGCCAACCCCUGGAGAGCACUGACCUCUGGUCCCUGAAUAAGGAGGACACGUCAGAACAAGUUGUGCCCGUUUUGGUAAAGAACUGGAAGAAGGAAUGUGCGAAGUCCAGAAAACAGCCGGUGAAGAUCGUGUACUCCUCCAAGGAUCCCGCCAAGCCGAAAGGGAGUUCCAAGGUGGAUGUGAACGAGGAGGCCGAGGCUUUGAUCAUCAAGUCCCCCCAGAAGGAUUGGAACCCGUCCCUGUUCAAGGUGUUAUACAAGACCUUUGGGCCCUACUUCCUCAUGAGCUUCUUGUUCAAGGCUGUGCACGACCUGAUGAUGUUUACCGGCCCAGAGAUCUUAAAGUUGCUCAUCAGCUUCGUGAACGACAGGAAGGCGCCAGGCUGGCAGGGCUACUUCUACACGGCGCUGCUGUUCGUCAGCGCCUGCCUGCAGACCCUCGUGCUGCACCAGUACUUCCACAUCUGCUUCGUCAGCGGCAUGCGGAUCAAGACCGCCGUCGUCGGGGCUGUGUACCGGAAGGCCCUGGUGAUCACCAAUUCAGCCAGAAAAUCGUCCACCGUCGGGGAGAUCGUCAACCUCAUGUCUGUGGAUGCCCAGAGGUUCAUGGACCUGGCCACGUACAUUAACAUGAUCUGGUCAGCUCCUCUGCAAGUCAUCCUUGCCCUCUACCUCCUGUGGCUGAACCUGGGCCCCUCCGUUCUGGCUGGAGUGGCUGUGAUGAUCUUCAUGGUUCCCCUCAAUGCAGUGAUGGCCAUGAAGACCAAGACCUACCAGGUGGCCCACAUGAAGAGCAAAGACAAUCGGAUUAAGCUGAUGAAUGAAAUUCUGAAUGGGAUCAAAGUGCUAAAGCUUUACGCCUGGGAGCUGGCAUUCAAAGACAAGGUACUGGCCAUCAGGCAGGAGGAGCUGAAGGUGCUGAAGAAAUCUGCCUACCUGGCCGCCGUGGGGACCUUCACCUGGGUCUGCACACCUUUCCUGGUGGCCUUGUGUACGUUUGCCGUCUACGUGACCAUCGACAAGAACAACAUCCUGGAUGCCCAGAAGGCCUUCGUGUCCUUGGCCUUGUUCAACAUCCUUCGCUUCCCCCUGAAUAUUCUCCCCAUGGUCAUCAGCAGCAUCGUGCAGGCGAGUGUCUCCCUCAAGCGCCUCAGGAUCUUCCUCUCCCACGAGGAGCUGGAGCCCGACAGCAUCCAGCGAUGGCCCAUCAAAGACGCUGGGGCCACAAACAGCAUCACCGUGAAGAAUGCCACGUUCACUUGGGCCAGGAGUGACCCUCCCACACUGCAUGGCAUCACUUUCUCCAUUCCGGAAGGUUCCCUGGUGGCCGUGGUGGGCCAGGUGGGCUGUGGGAAGUCGUCUCUGCUCUCAGCGCUCUUGGCUGAGAUGGACAAGGUGGAGGGACACGUGGCUAUCAAGGGUUCAGUGGCCUACGUCCCCCAGCAGGCCUGGAUUCAGAAUGUUUCUCUCCGAGAAAACAUCCUUUUUGGACGCCAGCUACAGGAACGGUAUUAUAAGGCUGUGAUAGAAGCCUGUGCCCUCCUCCCAGACCUGGAAAUCCUGCCCAGUGGGGACCGGACAGAGAUUGGUGAGAAGGGCGUGAACCUGUCUGGCGGCCAGAAGCAACGCGUGAGCCUGGCCCGGGCCGUGUAUUGCGACGCCGACAUCUACCUCUUUGACGAUCCCCUCUCGGCAGUGGACGCCCAUGUGGGGAAGCACAUAUUUGAAAACGUGGUUGGCCCCAAGGGGAUGCUGAAGAACAAGACGCGGAUCCUGGUCACGCACGGCAUCAGCUACCUGCCCCAGGUGGACGUCAUCAUCGUCAUGAGUGGUGGCAAGAUCUCCGAGAUGGGCUCCUACCAGGAGCUGCUGGCCCGGGACGGGGCCUUUGCCGAAUUCCUGCGCACGUAUGCCAGCGCCGAGCAGGAGCAGGGGGAGCCCGACGACGGCUUAGCAGGUGUUGGCAGGCCAGGGAAGGAGGUGAAGCAGGUGGAGAACGGCAUACUGGUGACAGACGCUCUGGGGAAGCAACUGCAGAGACAGCUCAGCAGCUCCUCCUACGGCGGGGAUGUCAGCCGGCACCACACCAGCACCGCGGAGCUGCAGAAGCCCAGGCCCGUGGAGGAGGACACCUGGAAGCUGAUGGAGGCAGACAAGGCUCAGACUGGGCAGGUCAAGCUCUCCGUGUACUGGGACUACAUGAAGGCGAUAGGACUUUUCAUCUCCUUUCUGAGCAUCUUCCUUUUCCUGUGUAACCACGUUGCUUCUCUGGCCUCUAACUAUUGGCUCAGUCUCUGGACUGAUGACCCCAUCGUCAAUGGGACCCAGGAGCACACGAAAGUCCGGCUGAGCGUCUAUGGAGCCCUGGGCAUUUCUCAAGGUAUCACAGUGUUCGGCUACUCCAUGGUGGUGUCCGUCGGGGGCAUCUUCGCCUCGCGCCGCCUGCACCUGGACCUGCUGCAUAACGUCCUCAGGUCGCCCAUGAGCUUCUUUGAGCGGACCCCCAGCGGGAACCUGGUGAACCGCUUUUCCAAGGAGCUGGACACGGUGGACUCGAUGAUCCCGCAGGUCAUCAAGAUGUUCAUGGGCUCCCUGUUCAAUGUCAUUGGCGCCUGCAUCAUCAUCCUGCUGGCCACUCCCAUGGUGGCCGUCAUCAUCCCGCCCCUGGGCCUCAUCUACUUCUUUGUCCAGAGGUUCUACGUGGCCUCCUCCCGGCAGCUGAAGCGCCUCGAGUCAGUCAGCCGCUCCCCGGUUUAUUCCCACUUCAACGAGACCUUGCUGGGGGUCAGCGUCAUCCGCGCCUUCGAGGAACAGGAGCGCUUCAUCCGCCAGAGCGACCUGAAGGUGGACGAGAACCAGAAGGCCUAUUACCCCAGCAUCGUGGCCAACAGGUGGCUGGCUGUGCGGCUAGAGUGUGUAGGCAACUGCAUUGUCCUGUUUGCUGCCCUGUUUGCAGUGAUCUCCCGGCACAGUCUCAGUGCUGGCUUGGUGGGCCUCUCGGUGUCUUACUCACUGCAGGUCACCACAUACUUGAACUGGCUUGUUCGGAUGUCGUCCGAGAUGGAGACCAACAUUGUGGCCGUGGAGAGACUCAAGGAGUAUUCAGAGACUGAGAAGGAGGCUCCCUGGCGAAUCCAGGAGAUGGCACCCCCCAGCAACUGGCCCCAGGUGGGCCGAGUGGAGUUCCGAGACUACGGCCUGCGUUACCGAGAGGACCUGGACCUGGUUCUCAAGCACAUCAAUGUCACCAUCGAUGGAGGGGAGAAGGUUGGCAUCGUGGGGCGGACAGGAGCCGGGAAGUCAUCCCUGACCCUGGGCUUGUUUCGUAUCAACGAGUCUGCCGAGGGAGAGAUCAUCAUUGACGAUGUCAACAUUGCCAAGAUCGGCCUGCACGACCUCCGCUUCAAGAUCACCAUCAUCCCCCAGGACCCCGUUUUGUUUUCGGGCUCCCUCCGCAUGAACCUGGACCCAUUCAGCCAGUAUUCGGAUGAAGAGGUCUGGACGUCUCUGGAGCUGGCCCACCUGAAGGGCUUCGUGUCGGCCCUUCCCCAUAAGCUGAACCACGAGUGCGCAGAAGGCGGGGAGAACCUCAGCGUCGGGCAGCGCCAGCUUGUCUGCCUGGCCCGGGCCCUGCUGAGGAAGACGAAGAUCCUUGUGUUGGAUGAGGCCACGGCGGCUGUGGACCUGGAAACGGACGACCUCAUUCAGUCCACCAUCCGGACGCAGUUUGACGACUGUACCGUCCUCACCAUUGCUCACCGGCUCAACACCGUCAUGGACUACACAAGGGUGAUUGUCCUGGACAAAGGGGAGAUCCGGGAGUGUGGUCCCCCCUCCGGCCUCCUGCAGCAGAGAGGUCUCUUCUACAGCAUGGCCAGAGACGCUGGCUUGGUGUGA